UUGCUCUGGAUGAUGACAAGAUUGUUGGUGGAUAUGAGUGCAAACCCCAUUCCCAGUCCUGGCAGGUGUCUCUGAACUCUGGCUACCACUUUUGUGGUGGCUCUCUGGUCAGCGAGUACUGGGUUGUGUCUGCUGCUCACUGCUACAAGUCACGUGUGGAGGUCCGUUUGGGUGAGCACAACAUCGAAGUUGAUGAGGGUUCUGAGCAGUUCAUCUCCUCUGAGAAGGUCAUCCGCCAUCCCAACUAUGACUCCUGGACAAUUGACAGUGACAUCAUGCUGAUCAAGCUUAGCAAUCCCGCAACCCUCAAUCAGUAUGUGCAGCCUGUGGCCCUGCCCAAUGGCUGUGCCGCCGCUGGCACCAUGUGCAGUGUCACUGGCUGGGGAGACACCAUGAGUUCCACUGCUGAUUCCAACAAGCUUCAGUGUCUGGAGAUCCCCAUCCUGUCCGACAGCGACUGCAACAACUCCUACCCUGGUAUGAUCACAGAUACCAUGUUCUGUGCUGGAUACCUGGAGGGAGGAAAGGACUCUUGUCAGGGUGACUCUGGUGGUCCUGUGGUGUGCAACAAUGUGCUGCAGGGUAUUGUGUCCUGGGGUUAUGGCUGUGCUGAGAAGAAUCAUCCUGGUGUCUAUGGCAAGGUCUGUAUGUUCAGCCAAUGGAUCGCCGACACCAUGAAUAGCAACUAA